GCUGGAGCGCAGAUUGGCACCGGCUCUCACCCUCGCUCUAACCCCUCCCUCGGUGUCUUGGGGGCGGGCACAGCUCAGAGCGCGCCGCACCCUUCUCCCGCAGAACUGCAAGCGCACGGCUGGAACAGGUAACCGCCGCUCACUCCCGGAAGUACGUCCGUGUGCCUGAGGUGAACCCGCUCUGGAUUUGUACCCUCGGACGUCACAGGCCCAUGGAGAGUCCGUGACAGGCUCCGGCGGCUCGGACCCCACUGUGCGUAAAGGAGGAACCCCGCUGCGCAUGAAGAGCGCCUGGAGGGAGCUCGGGUUGGCCGCUCGUCUCAGGUUCUAAGGUUCCCUCCACAUCCCGCUUGGCCCUCGGCAGAUAUGGGCUUUCAGUGCACCCUCCAGCAGACAAAGGCCGUCUGAGAACCAAAACCCUCUUCCUCUCCUCCUCCUCUGCAUCUCCCCUCUCCCGCCUGAACAUGGACACCAACACAGAGGACCAGGAGGGAUGCUACUACAACCGCACCGUCAAGUUCUUUUACACGGAGAGCGGGAAGAACAUCAGCGACCACUGGAGGAAACGGGACUACGUGGUGGUCACCCUGGGCCUGACCGUGUGCUUCAUCGUCAUCUUCUCCAACCUGCUCGUCAUCCUCGCCAUCCUCAAGAACCGACGCUUCCAUUACCCCAUCUACUACCUGCUGGGGAACCUGGCCCUGUCUGACUUCUUCUCAGGGGUGUCCUACCUCAACCUGAUGUUCCACACUGGGCCCUGGACCAUAAAGCUGAGCAAGUACCAGUGGUUUGUGCGCCAGGGCCUGAUAGACACCAGUCUGACGGCCUCUGUGCUCAAUCUUCUGGCCGUGGCGGUGGAGCGACACCAGACCAUCUUCAGCAUGCAGCUCCACAGUGAGAUGAGCAUCCGGCGCGUGGUCAUCAUCAUCGUGGCCAUCUGGAUUUUGGCCAUCCUCAUGGGGCUGGUGCCGACCAUGGGCUGGCACUGCCUGUGUGACCUGCCCAACUGCUCCACCAUGGCCCCGCUCUACAGCCGUAGCUACCUGGUCUUCUGGGCCAUUCUUAACCUGAUUACCUUCUCCAUCAUGUUGGCCGUCUACACCCGCAUCUUCCUCUAUGUGCGCCACAAGAGCAGGCAGAUGUCCCAGCACACCUCCCACCUGCGCCACCGCGAGACCGUCUUCAACCUCAUGAAGACCGUGUCCUUGAUCCUGGGGUGCUUCGUGCUGUGCUGGACCCCGGGCCUAGUGCUCCUCCUGCUGGACGGUUUGGGCUGUGACCGCUGCAACGUGCUGCGCUAUGAGAAGUACUGCCUGGUGCUGGCCGAGUGUAACUCCUUUGUGAACCCCAUCAUCUACUCGUUUAGAGACGCGGACAUGCGGCGCACCUUCAGAGAGCUGCUGUGCUGCCUGUGGAGGCGGAAGGCAGACCCGGCUCUCACCUCUGGGGUCCACUUCAACACGCUGGAGCACGAGAACCAUAAGUCCAUCCGUGGAGAGGAGGCGCGGCGCAACGGGACCCCCCUCAUGGAGCCGGAUAGAGCGGAGCUGUCCCGCACCUGGAGCUAGCCAUGCCCCCCGCCCUCACCCUCCACACACAGAGGGCCUGUAGUGUACAGAUAUGGCUACAAUGUGGUCCCUAAUUUUAUUUUUUAUUUUAUAUUUUUUUUAACUUCUGACUUUUAGAACCGUGACUUUUUGAAAGACUCUCAGUAGAAAUCUGGAUCUGUGACAAAUGUAUUUUAUUUAUGGUUUGAAGAUGUUUUUGAACCGUUUAAGCUGCUUGGGAUUAAAAGCCAUAGCAUGAACACA